ACAGUCAGUCUGAUGUGAUUGAGACAAGGGAGGUUUUCAGGGGGAGACUGGGAGAUAGGGGCCUCCCCUCCCCCUUCUCCUCUUCCUGCGCCGGCCUCAACCCCUCCCCAGUCCCCUCCCGACGGGCGCCCCACGCGGAAGACACCCCUCCCCCUCCCGCUUUCCCCUCCUCCCUACCUCAGCCCUUCGUACCGGGACGUUGGGGAGGGGGCUGUGCCGGGCGGAGAGAACUCAGCAAGGAUUCUGAGAAUGAUAAAUAACGCUGAUCAUCUCUAGAAAAGAUAUUGAUUCACCUCAUGUAAAGUAUGCUCAGUUCCUUUCCAGUGGUUUUGCUGGAAACCAUGUCUCACUAUACAGAUGAACCCAGAUUUACCAUAGAGCAGAUAGAUCUGCUUCAGCGCCUUCGACGUACUGGAAUGACUAAACAUGAAAUUCUCCAUGCCUUGGAAACUUUGGACCGUCUUGAUCAAGAGCAUAGCGACAAGUUUGGAAGAAGGUCCAGCUACGGAGGAAGUUCAUAUGGGAAUACUACCAACAAUGUUCCAGCAUCUUCCUCUACAGCUACAGCUUCCACACAGACCCAGCAUUCUGGAAUGUCCCCAUCACCUAGCAACAGUUAUGAUACCUCCCCACAGCCUUGUACUACCAAUCAGAAUGGGAGGGAGAAUAACGAGCGAUUAUCCACAUCCAAUGGAAAGAUGUCACCAACUCGCUACCAUGCAAACAGCAUGGGUCAGAGGUCAUACAGUUUUGAAGCCUCAGAAGAGGACCUAGAUGUAGAUGAUAAAGUAGAGGAAUUAAUGAGGAGGGACAGCAGUGUGAUAAAAGAGGAAAUCAAAGCCUUUCUUGCCAAUCGGAGGAUUUCCCAAGCAGUUGUUGCACAGGUAACAGGUAUCAGUCAGAGCCGGAUCUCUCACUGGCUGUUGCAGCAGGGAUCAGACCUGAGUGAACAGAAGAAAAGAGCGUUUUACCGAUGGUAUCAGCUUGAAAAGACAAACCCUGGAGCUACACUAAGUAUGAGACCCGCGCCCAUUCCAAUAGAGGACCCGGAAUGGAGACAAACGCCUCCCCCAGUCUCAGCUACAUCUGGCACCUUCCGACUGCGACGAGGGAGUCGAUUUACCUGGAGAAAGGAGUGCCUGGCUGUCAUGGAAAGUUACUUCAAUGAGAAUCAAUACCCAGAUGAAGCAAAAAGAGAAGAAAUUGCAAAUGCUUGCAACGCAGUUAUACAGAAGCCAGGCAAAAAACUAUCAGAUCUGGAACGAGUUACCUCCCUGAAAGUGUAUAAUUGGUUUGCUAACAGACGGAAGGAGAUCAAGAGGAGAGCCAAUAUCGCAGCAAUCCUGGAGAGUCAUGGGAUAGAUGUACAGAGUCCCGGAGGCCAUUCCAACAGUGAUGACGUCGACGGAAAUGACUACUCAGAGCAGGAUACUUGGCAAGUACGCAAUGGGGAGGAGGAGGAGGGAAGAAGUUCAGAGGGAGGCAGAGAAGCAGAGAAGGACGACAGCACUAGCCAUAGUGACCACCAAGACCCCAUCUCAUUAGCUGUGGAAAUGGCAGCAGUCAACCACACUAUCUUGGCAUUGGCCCGACAAGGAGCCAACGAAAUCAAGACAGAGGCCCUGGAUGACGACUGAUGAGGGAGGAUUGGACACGAGAAGUUAACUUAGUUUAGACGUAGCACCUUAGCAGACUUUCCUCGGUCCUUAACAUGUGUUCUUACAGUAUAACUUGCAGUUUCUUGUAUGUCAGUUAGCCGUUAGGGUCUUGUUCUGUGAAGAUGGCAUGGUGCCCUCAGCCUUUGCAUAUACUCUCAGUAUUAAUUCCCAGUAAAUAAUAACCAACCAACCAACCAACCAAUCAACCUUCCCUCUCCCAGACCCCGAGGCUAGAAAAUCUUGCUGCUCUGUCUUAGCAUUCCAAGAAAGUGCUUCCAGGUAUUUAGAUAGCCCUCAGUUCUCAAAUAUUAGGCUGUGUGUAUUGGGUACCUUUAGAUUCCUGUAACACUAGUCUGUACCCCUUUUCCUUCCCCAAGACUGGUAGGAUGCAAGCUGAGGUAGUGUGGCCCAGGAUGGACAGACGCCAUUUGGGGAGUACCCACAGAGUAAAAGGGACACUAGAACCCCCACCUCAGUGUGGGAAGAAUUGAUUUCCAGCUGCAAUAAGCCGUGCCUCAUAAUAGUCACACUGUGGCUAGAUUAUACUUCUUUGGGUGCUGUGCUAAGAAUGUCAGUGGAAACACUCGAUCUCAGAUUUUGGUUGAUGUUAACAUGCCUGACACAGACAUCCUUUCCUCUCACAAGCUGUGUGACUUAAGUAGAUAAAAUACUGCCUCUGCCUUUGGGACCAUGAUUAAAACAAACAAACAGAAAAAAAAAAA